UUGUCUCUCUGUUUGUGUCUCUGUCUGUCUGUAUUUCUCCCUGCCUGUGACUCUCUGUCUGUCUGUCUGUCCAUCCACCGCUCUGUCUGUCUGCAUGUCUCUUUGUCUUUCUGUAUGUCUCUCUGGGUGUGUGUCUCUCUCUCUCUGUCCACAUGUCUGUCUGUGAGUUAUGCAAACUGAUAGAGUUGAGCUCAAGGUCCAAACAGAGCCACAGACACAUUUUUUUCCUAUAAAAUAGAAUCCUUGGCACCUUAGUGGCUCAUGUCCCUUUUUCCUCCUCAUGUACUGUUAAUUUUUGACUGUUUACUGUCCAACAAAGACUAGCAAAAUGCAGGGUACACUCUUUCAACAGGACAUUUGCUUCUUACAAACGUGAUCACUGCUGCCACCCAGUGAAUGUUUGGUGCGUUGACAUAUCAUUUGACAUAAGUCUUUAUAUUCUUUGAGAAGAAGGAACAAGAAUAUCUAACAUUCAGAGAGCAAUAUAAGUAACCAAUGCUGUUCUCACGACAGGAAUGGAAACUACCUACCACACCUGAUAAGAACGUCCUUCCUGUGUAUUCAGAUGCAAGCACCUGAUAAAUCUGAAACGAAUCUCAUUGGUUAAACUCAGAGUGCCAUCUUCUUCUUAGUGUUUGUUCAACCAGACUCUCGAACCAUCUCCUCAGAAGUGUCACUUAGUGUUUUGUAUUUACUUUUUACUUUCUAAAGAUUUUUCUCGUGUAUUGUGCAGCAACACUAGCAACACAAUGAGCCAUCUUCUUUUUUUCUGUUUUUGUUUAACUGCUGGGCUCACAGCGUCGUCUUGUCUUCGGAUUCUGAACCCACAUCAGGACUGCAGACAACCGGGUCUUGCCAUUUGCAAAAUCAAUAACUGUUCAGAUAAACACAAGGUAUCUCAAGCUCCCAGCGGCCCAGUGUGGGAUCCUGAGCAUGUGGGAGUCGUGACUGACGAACGUGGGAGCGUCCCCAGUAUGAAUGUGACAUGGAGUUUACAGACAAAUGGAGGAGUAUUAGACCAGUCUGGGUCAGAGAUAAAUAUUCGGGAUGAAAAAAGUAAUCAGAGUGUGUGUGUGCAGUUUUCUUUCAACAUCACUGAACAGCAUAAUCCAAAAAAAGAGAGGUGGAAAUUUUCCUUGGAUGGUGUUGUGGUCGAGCCUGAUCACACGUACGCAGUGUCAGUUGUUAAUUUGCCAGAACCCAAGAGUAGCGAUGUCACUAUCAGAAAGAUAAUUAUUAUCCCAGGAUGUGGUGACAGCAGAAUACAAAAGGCUCAAAUGUGUAUCGAAAAUGGUAGUCUAUGGAACCCUCACAUGACCAAAGCCAUGUAUAUGGAUGAGGUAAAGAAAAAGUUGUUUGUCGUUUUGGGUUUUGAGGCAGCAGAGUAUUCAGAGAGAUACCAAGUCUCCAUCCAGAGCCAGACUUUCCAUUAUUCACACAAUGUCUCAAAGGAGAACCGAACAUCACUGAACGUGACAUUUGCGUUCGGUUUUGGGCAGCUCCAAAAGUGUGACAUGUUGUUAACGAUUCAACCCUUUUUUAUACGAUGCAAAAACAACUGUCAACGCCACAAGAUAACAAUCAAAGACUGUCCUUUUUAUUCACAACGGACACUCAUCAUAAAGGCAGUGGUGGGCCUGUUUGUCAUUGAGCUUUUUUUUUUUUACUUCCUGUGGAGAGCAUGUCAAAAAGGUUCCCUGAACACAUCCUCAUCUGCUGCCAGACAGCGACCAGAGGGUUUUCAAAUGCAGGAGAGAAAGCGAGUCCUGGUCCUCUACUCUCUCGACCACCCCUUGUACAAGAACAUCGUUCUCAAGCUCUGUGGCUUCCUUGCAGCAAAAUGCGGCACAGAAGUGGUGCUGGAUCUGCUGGACUCUGCCAGACUGGGAGCACUGGGAAGGAUUCAGUGGUUGGACUGGCACAGAGAGCAAAUCGAAAACUCCUCAGAUAAGAUACUACUCCUGUGCUCAAGAGGGGUACAGGCCAAAUGGAGAGCCAUGUGUGGAGACAAACAGGUUAUUCUGAGGGAGGACGUCCACUCUCCUGUAGGCGACAUGCUGACUCCAGCCCUCUGCCUCCUGGUGCCACAUUUCAUCCGAUCUGCAUCCUAUGAAAAAUACUUGGUGGCUUAUUUCGAUAAUGUUUGUUCAGAGGAGGACGUCCCUUCACCUUUCAACAUCGCAGUGAGGUACAAGCUGAUGAAACAGUUCGAGGAGCUGUUUUUCAGGAUCCUGGACACUGAGAAGCAUGAACCAGGCAGAAUGAACCACAUCGAAGGGCUUUCAGAGGACGUGUACCACCAGUGCCCCUCGGGUAGAGCCCUGCAGGAUGCCAUAGAGGCUUUCCAUGCACACCAGCUGGAGCAUCCACACUGGUUUGAAGAAGAAUCACUGGAGAGCUCAGAGCUGCAGGCUGAUGAUCCCCACAUGACCAAGCAGCCUGACAGAUCUCACUCCUUACCAGACUCCACCCAAGUCAUCAGCCAUGUACAGACCUGUGACACUGAUUUCACUGCUGACAGAAUGGCACUCAAAGGACCCGAGCAGCUGUUUCUGUGCUCCUCAGCUGAGUUCAGAUCUUACUGUUGAGGCAAAGCAGCCGGUUUGAUGAUGAUGCUCUUGAGGAAGAUCCUACCAGGAAAAUACGGUAGCACUUCACUUAUGUAGUUUAUUGACAACUACAGCCUGAUUCAGAUGCAAGAAAAGGAUCUCGUACGAAUAGAUAUGGGCUCAUCCAUAAAAUAAACUAGAAAGGCACUAGAGUGCAUACCAAGGCUCAAUAGUCCAUUUAAAUUCACAGAAGGUCCCGUAAAUAGGCCUGAUUUUUCUCAUCUAGACUCAUUC